AUGUUGCAAACCUUCGAGCAAACACAUUCGACGCCGACGAUAUAUUAUGCGUCACCGCCAACGCCUCCAGUCUCUUCUGCACCCUCACCUUCUAUUUCAUCGUCGUCUCUGAAUACCGUCAAAGCCGCCAACAUGAUCGUUCCCAGCCGCCAUCAUAUUCUCAUCGUCACUGGUCCUGCAGGAUGCGGCAAGAGCACCGUCGCCAAGCUUCUUGCUGACCGGUACGGGUUUCACUACAUUGAGGGUGAUGAUUUUCACCCCAAAGCAAACGUCGACAAGAUGGCCGCGGGUAUUCCUCUGAACGACAUGGACCGAUGGGACUGGCUUAUUCUUCUCCGCGAUCAAGCACUGAGUUCUUUGCAACGCGGAGAAAAGGGUGUGGUGGUUACCUGCAGCGCAUUGAAGAAGAAGUACCGCGACGUCAUUCGAACUGCCCGACUGUACGAUGAGGACCCAAAUGCCAACGUCCAUUUUGUCUACCUCCGUGCCGACAAAGAGACUCUUCUAGCUCGUGUUCGAGCCAGACAAGGCCACUACAUGAAGGACGCCAUGGUCGACAGCCAGUUCGCAGCGCUUGAGGAGCCCGACGAUGCUGAAAUCAAGCAGCUGAAGGAUGUAGAGAUUGUUGAUGUCAAGGGUAGUCUGCUAGAUGUACAGAGACUUGCGACUAUUGCCGUAGACAGGGUUCUCAACUCCAGCUCGCAACGGUGA